GUGACCAAGGCAAAAAGUGCAUGUGCAACGAGAAAACAAGUGUAACGGUGGCGAGAACACGAGGCAAGGAGACGCAGCAGUUUUCAACAUGGGACGCAAGAAAGGAUCGGGAAAAGCAAAAUCUGCUGGCAGAAAAAAUAAUCCGGACAUUAAACAGGUCGAAAAAAUGGAUGACAAAAUGAAAGAUGAUCCAGGAGGAGGUGGUUAUAGAGGAAGUGAUGAUAAUGGUGGCAUCAACCCCGCUAUGGAAAUAGCAAACCACCGCAACGAAGGCAAAGCGACGAUAGUGAGUCAGCGGCAUCAGCAACCACAGCAGCUGUAUUCGUCCAAAACAGCGAGCACUAAUGCUGGCGGUGGUGGAGAACGGCAGGGCCAGCUGACAGGAGCAGCAGGGUUAGCAGCAACGACUUCCACAACCAACAGCACCAGCACUAAUCUCAAGUACCUGCACAAGAAAUUCAAGCGUAUCGCCAGCGCCACGCUCGCGGAAGAGGAAGAGCCGCAGCAGCAGGCGGUGGUGUCGGCUACGGCAACAUCGUCCACGACCACAUCUACGUCGACAUCAACGACAACAGCAAAGAUUAUAGGAAGCGAACGAAACGGGCGUAAAGUAGAUGACGUUGCGUCAGCAGAUCAACUGUCGGUGGUAGUGUCCACAAGCUCAAUAAACUCGUUUCCCCUUGCCAGUCAGACGCCGGUGCGGUCGCACGAGUUGAGUAUCGUCGAAGCUAGCGUUGCGGAGCGAGUUACUUCAGACCGCGUCGAUGAUGAAUCGUCGCAAGUUGUGACCGUGACGGUAGGCAGUGGAAACGAUACAGAGGGUAGUAAUAGCGAGCUCGGCGUUCGUUCCGCCUCAAACAUAGUACCUUCGGACAAAUUUGGUCCACCACCUACGUCUGAUGGAGAAACGGCCCUUAUCGGUAUCACUCCCGCUUAUGAUUAUCACCAGAAACAGCAGCAGCAAUAUCAUCAACUCCAUCCAUCACUGCAUCCUGGAUUGGCUACCGUUGCUUCGUUCCCGCCUCAGUCGCUGCUCGUGCAACAGCACCACCAGUUACUCUUGGGUCACCAUUCCAAUGGGCCUUCCUCGACUCAGCAACAACAACUUCAACACCAUACCAGUGCAAACACCAUCAUAACCAGCCGUAGUAGUAGUAGUAGUAGCAACAGUGUUAGCACUAACAUUAGUAGCAACAACGCUGGAGGCAUUAGUAAUCACGGUACCGUGUUGCUUCCAACGGUGGUGUCCAGCCCAUUGUCCUGUUCGUCCCAAACCGACGAAAAUUGUGAUUUAGUAGUCGCAUCGAUAGCCGCGUUGCCGAAUCAAGCCAUCGACAAAUCUAUAGGCUUGCAGUACGUCGUGAACUAUUCAGCGUUGCAGCAGCCCCAUCAGCCUCCCGCCAAUGGUGGUGGACCUACAACGUCCCGAUCACAUCACCCAAGUCUAUCCUCGUCUUCUGGUAGUUCUUCGGGUUCUCCGUCUCCACCAACAACGGUUGCUGGUGCCAAUAUAAGCACCAAUACCGCUUCUAACAACAUCAAUGCAACCAUUAUCAGUACAAAUCACGUCUCGACGACAGUGGCUUUAAACAGCGGAUCGUCAGCCGUCACCGUGACAUCUACUGGACGAUACGUUUGUCCGUACUGCCAGAUGAACUGCAGCAAGCCAUCGGUGCUGGAAAAACACAUUCGACGACACACCAACGAACGUCCGUUUAAGUGCGUUCUAUGCGGGAUCGCUUUCAAGACCAAAAGCAAUCUCUACAAACAUCGUCGCUCGCGUGCACACGCUUCGAAAAGCCAAGGAGAAGAUACAUUGGGAUUGUCCCUGCUGGACGAGGACGGCAGUUCUCUUGUAGGAUCCGAUAUAGACGAUAAGGAACUUAGUAACAGUGGGUCAGAAGUAAUGAAUUGUCGGGGGUCACCAAUGGAUGAUCGGGUGAAUUCACCCCAACAGCUGCUGAUGGAAAAGCCCUAUAAACCUAAAUUCCACAACGCUGCUUUUUAUACCAGGUUUGAUAGCAAACCGCAUAUGCAUAUGCAUGAGGGAAGUAUUCCUAGAACACAACAACCCGUAGGGCCAUCAACCAUCGUCGGAUCAUCUAAUGUGACUUCGACAGUAUCUCACUAUUUGAACGGCCAAAAUGUGGAAACUCUUGAGCAGCACAUUUCUAAGCUGAUUUCACAAAACGAAGCCAUCGUUGAGGUGGUAGAGGCUCCGCUUCAGAAAAAAUACCACAAAAUAACCGGAAUUAGCCGAGGCAUUUCAGUAAGUGGUUUGAACACAGCGUCAACAAUGAGCGCUUCAGUUUCAACGAACAUCCACAGUGAUGCUAGUGUUAUGCAGCAUGCUGCUACUAGUCAGGAUGGUGUGCCUUCUCGUUUGGUAAAUGUAGUACCCCAAAAACAACGUAAUGAAGAGAGUCAGCAUUUGCAGCAGCAGCAUGCAUUACAAGCUCAACAGCAACAUCAAUAUAUAAGUUACGUUCAUAAGCAGCAAGCACAGCCAAAUGUGAUAAAUUUAACCAGUAAACCAAUAGUAACUCCUAAAUCAAUGAUUGGAUCACAACAAUUACUUCCGACUCACGGCUCAGUGGCUGCAUUAGGUGGAGUGACUCCUUUCAUUGGAACUCAUAUACAGCAAUCGCAUCAGUUAUCGAAUGUCCUUCUAACUAGUAAUAAUGGUUCCUCGAUGGGAGAUGGAGCAAUUCAUUUUCAACCGCUCAACCUGACCAAAGUAAACACGGUUGAGCCUGGGCAGACAACUGCUAGAGCAUCAAUUCCAACAUCUACAUCCGUCAUGACUACGCCAUUGCUAGUAGCGGCCUCGGCACCAAUUCCAUCAGAAGCAUCGUCCGGAGCGGUCCAACAGAAUCUUUCUGUCCCUCCGUAUCGAAAACGAACACGUGCCCCAUCACCAGUAAUUGCCACCAACAAUUUUUCUGCAGCUGCAACUCAUCUGACUUUAGUCACUGUUUGUACUACUACGACGACUUCCGUAGCUUCUGUAUGUUCAGUUGCAUCUCAGCCGCCGCUUGUUCCAUUGCAUAUUCAAGUGCCGACAACACCGUCCACUCAGAUUAUUCCGACUGAACGACCACUCCGACCUACAGCUACACCGACUCCACCGUUAACGGUUGCUAAUCAUCCUCAAAACCCGGAACGUUCCAUCAUCAAAGAUCUGUUGUUGAACUCACGUGGUUUCGGCGUUGUACAGAAUCCAGAUGGUGAGAACGGCGAAAACUUAUACACUUGCAAAAUGUGCAACGUUUCUUUUCGUGAUGUGGAUUCACUCAAAUACCACAUGAUAUGUUACUGUCAGGGAAGCAGCAGUUCAUUGAACAGUCCGUCGGCUUCAUCCAGCGCUCCAAUUAGUCCAAUUGGAUCACCAUCGGCUGCAGCUGCAUCAUAUAUUCGCUCGAGAUCCGUAUCCAGCCUUAAAAACCUGGCACGUUCUUCGUUGAAUCCACCAGUUGGGCGCAAUCCUUCCUCGCUAUCUAAGCUUGCAAAAUCUCAACUAACGCGACCGAAAGUUAAGCCGGAUAAUAUUUCUCUUUCGACUACUACCGAUUCAGUGUCAUCAUCUUCAGGACAAGCAGUCGUCAGCGCAUUGGGAUCAAAAAAUGUUAUUAUUGAUACGGUUCAAAAUCCUUUACCAUCGCCAGGGCCAUUGCUUGGAAACACACGGCUAGUCGAGAGUGGAAAGUCACCCCGUAAUAUACACUCUUACGUCGAUUCUAAUGAAGGAACUUCCAAGAGGACACGCGUGGGCAUGAUUGAAACGUCUGGAUCCGAAGCUAUUUCCUCCGGUGGUUGCGGCCUUAAUGCUAGCAGCAAUCUCCAGUUGUUUGGUGGGGGAGCCGAGGUUAUUGAACGUUCGCAGGAAUGCGAUUCAAAGAUGUCCGACAUACCCACAGAUCCAUUUAAUGUGCAUCGUUAUAGCUCAGGUGGUACAUCUAUGCAGUACAAUAGUGGUGUAGAGGUUGAGGACGACGAUUCACAUCAAAGAGAAUCAAAUUUUAGACAUAACCAGCAUUUCGGAGGAACUGUGAUGGAAAUAGCAAAGCCCAAGGAACACCCUUCAAAAACUCGUGCCCAAUCAAACAAGGAUGCAAACGUUUCAACGAAUGCAGCAAUGUCUCAAUCAACACAUUUCCAUUUUCCUCCAAUUAAUUCAAUAACAGCCUACAAUCCUUUGACGUUGCCAGCUGUUCCAGCUCCUGGUCAAGCAUCACAUAUAGUGCAUGGUGGAAAGCUAAUUCCUUUCGUUCAAGGCAUUCCCGGCCCAAAUACACUCACUUCGACCAGUCCAGAAUUAAUGAUGGCAACGCGUUCCAUCGAAUCUAACACAAACACGCAAUCACUGCUCGCAAUAGUGGUGCCCGGAUCUAGUGAGCCAAGCAUCAACAACAUUGCUAUGAUCCCCGAGUCCAGUUCGAUUAUCUACAAACCAUACCGAACAGUUAGUUCUUCCUUGCUUGCCACAGUUGGAUUGCGGGGCCCUUACGUUACAUCCGCAAGCGAACAGCCAUCAUCAAUGGUAGAACAGCCGAAAAAGACGAUUCCUUCUAAAAAUGGGCUCACACGAUCGCAGAUAUGGUCACCUGCGAAACAACAAUCGCUAGAUUUCAACAAUUCUUCGCCUCCGGCUCCGAAAAAGAGCUUCAAUUUUACACGAAUGGCGGAUAAUAUUAGUCCGCGGAAAAAAGAUGCCACGCUUGUCUCAAAAGCAGAUGAAGUUCGACAUUUCCACUUCGACACAGUGAUUGCGAAGUCUGAGAUUCUUAUUAAACCACCUCCUCCACCUCCACCACCAGCUGCAUCGACUUUCCAAGAUACUAACACGUCUUAUGAUCAAGAUAAUUCAACAGGACCAUCCCCUAAAACGAAUCGAUUUUUGCGACCAAAUACGCUACCUCUAAAACCUGGAACGUUUACGCCCAAACGCCAUCAUGGUAUUACUCCGACGCACAACACGAUGCCUCUGAUCUCUCCCGAAACUCCGCGUCCAUCGAAGAGUUGUCGUGAGCUUUACUUUAAUGGCCAUGCAUACACCAAUAUUGGAUUGAAAUCGAGUACGAAGCCUUUCUACUGCACUGUCAACAAAACGCAGCCAUUCUAUUUCCAGACGCAAAAACAACUAUCUAUGUACAGCAAUUGGCAGGUACAUCCGGAAAAUAAUCCGCAUCCACUAGGGUUAAAGCAAGUUACUGUGUUGUCACUGUACGAUUCUAAUCAGCAUCGCGAUAGACGGUAUGCUAUUGCUGGAUCUAAGACAGUACCCCUCACAGUUGUGAAUAGCAAGAACGCUGGAAGUAGUAAAAAAGGCGGCGAGUUCUCAUGUUCUUCUUCCGCUUCGGCUUCUUGUGAGAUCAAAGUUCGUAUAAGUCCGGUUGAAAUGAAAUCAAAUGUACCGGGUCCACCGGCCUAUGUGCUCUCAACAUUACCAUCGCAUCAGGCAUCCAAUUCUACACAACCAGCGUCUGCAUCUUGUAUUAGCUCGUUCGAUAAUCACUGCCGCUCACAAUCACCGUACAACGAUAAAUCGAAGCAAUCUGAAGUUCCUACCGGUGGUGAUAGUGCUGGCAUCGGUGGGUCACAGUCCUGGCAUGCAUCACGAAGUGCCUCGAUAGAAAGAGCACUCUCCGGAGGUUUCGAGAGCACCGAGGAGUAUACAUACGUACGAGGACGAGGCCGCGGAAAGUACGUAUGCAAUGAAUGUGGCAUACGCUGUAAGAAACCUUCGAUGCUGAAGAAGCAUAUCCGAACCCAUACUGAUGUUCGGCCGUAUUCAUGCCAAUACUGCUGCUUCCACUUUAAAACGAAAGGAAAUCUGACAAAGCACAUGAAGUCAAAGAGUCAUUUUAAAAAGUGUACGGAGUUAGGACUAAAUCCGGUGCCCGUGCUUUUGGAUGACGAUGGAGCCGAUAUUGACAUCGACGGCGACCAACAGUCGAUUUCAAGCGAGCGAACGUCAACAAUCCCGGGAGAUUCGGAUACAGCAAGCGAAACUGAUGGCGAUGACACCGAUGAUAGUGAAGAAGUAAAAAGUCGUUUACCAGAGCGCGAGGCAGCUGAGGGUUUGUUAUCCCUUUCGAUGACACGCCCAACGUCAGCCUGCAGUAGUACCGGGCAACAACAUGCUGCCUCAGCAAGUGGCGGAGAACUAGAAGCUGCCGCUGUUUAUAUUACUCAGCAUAUAAACUCUUAUCUGACACCAGAUCAACAGCAAAGACACGGUUACUCCAACAGCUCUCGAAAAUCCCGACCAUCGCAAUCACCAUCUAAUGGAUUAUACACAGCUAAAAUAGAACAACCAAGGCGCAUAAUAACGUACGGUGGUGGACCAAAGUUGGAGUUCAACCUGCUGAAACACGAACAGUACUAUUCUGAUCCAAAUGUGGGCAAGCGAAGACGAGACGGUGAUCGGAGCUUCCCUUCUGCUAGUGAUGAAGCGGCAGCCCAAGCAGGAGAUGCAGAUGAUGAGGAUGACACCGCCAGACCCAUUGACCUAACAAAGAAAACUCGUCUACUUCCGGUAACGCCAAUAGUUUCCGUUCAGCAUCAAUAUGAUCGUACUCCACAGCUGCCCCUGGCCAUGGUGACACCAUUGCAAUCGAACUCAAGUCCCAUUAGUUUAUAUCUUCCAACUGUGCAUGAUCGCUGCAAUCGAGAACAAAUGUUACAGCAACAUGCAGUGAUAUAUGAAGGCCGCCACCAUCCACAACAGCUACAGCAACAAUUGAUUGUUCGUGCGUCGGAUGUGCUGGCCCCGAUAAGCGGAACGGCCAACUUGUUAACAACGCUUGUAUCAAACACCGACAAAAUUCCGCUUGUGAUGAGACCGUUCGAACCGACCGGCGGCACUACACCCGGCGGUGCUGGUGUUGAUGAAAAUGCCUACUUCCAUGAAUACUUGAAGGAGCGUGCCCUACAGGACACACGAAUCAAACAAAGUCAGAUGAAACCCAAUAGUUCCAAUAGCAUCGUGAUGAAAGACAGCAGGGUCCAAGAUCCGCUUGCUACUCCCGUUCGCGAAAUAGUGUCGAAUUAUCAGAAAGAAGUGAACAGUGUUGCGCAACACACGCCAAUCCCCAUUAUUACAGCGAAAGUAACUUCACCACCACCACAAUCCACCUUAACUACAACUAUACCACCUCCAGUAAUGUCCAAAAAAAUAUCUAGUCCUGCCUCAUCGACGGAGGCGUCAGCGGCAACUGCUACUGCUGCGGAGCGUGUAUAUCGGAUCUUCAGCGGAAAGAACGAACGACAUCGCUGUUCACCACUGGCAAACGAAACUAUUACACAUGAACCACCGAAUCCUUCCGUGGUGAUAGAAUUAGAAAAAGAAAAAACAUCUGGAGGAAUUACACCGUCUACUGCUCACUGUACAAGCAGUGCUGCCCUAAUAAUGGGCAACGAAUGUCCGCUGGUGCCAGAAAACGCAUCUCCAAUGGAUACUUUGGCGGAAAUCGCAGCAGGUUCUCUUAAACUCGACGUUUUCCGAGCGCAACCGGCAGCCGAAACAGAAUCGACGUUAACUUCUCGUCCGCGCUGUAAUAGUACUAAUUCUGCCAAUCUCAAAACAACUGUUCCGCCUGUGCCAGAAAGUGCCAAAACAUUGGCCUCUGAGUACCUGAAACUGGCACAAGCGGUAACAAAUGUCCGAAAACGUACUGAGAGUGAAAGUGCUUUGGGAACACUCGGCACUGUGCCAUUGGCUGACCAGGAGAUAUCGGAUGGAAUAGUUACUCCACUUCCUAUCGUCGUCGUUUCCUCUGCAUCUCUGCAGCUACAGCAUACAUCUGCAGGAGGUAAUCUACUUACACCGGUCACAACCACAGUUGCCGGACAAGUUAUUUCUGCGGCACCGCAAGGAGGCGGUUCAGAAACUGGUGCUGCUGGUAAUAUCGUUGCACCUGCUCGUAAGGUGGUCGUAGUUGGUGAGGAGGGUUUUAAAACAACCGGUGUACGUGGUAACUCGGGAGAGUUUGUCGGAACACCAUCCAGUACUUUCACACCGAUUCCAAUGCACCAAGAAGAUGGAGGACGACCGGUAUGUGAAAUCUGCAACAAAAAAUUCCACAAACUGUCCCAAUUGAGUAUACACAUGAACAUCCAUUACAUGGAGCGCAAAUAUCGCUGCGAACCAUGUGGUACAAGUUUUCGAUCUCAAGGGCUCUAUUUAAAACACGAACGUUCGGCAACGCACCGCAACAAAGUUUCCAUGACGACGGCGUUUGGCGUAGCGACGGACAGCAAUCCCCGACCGUUUUAUUGCCGUGACUGUGAAGUAGGAUUCCGUAUCCACGGGCAUCUAGCCAAACAUUUACGCUCCAAGAUGCACGUGCUGAAACUGGAGUGCCUCGGGAAGCUACCAUUUGGAACCUACACUGAGAUUGAACGGUCCGGUACAAACCUCACCGAGAUCGAUACGUCGGACUGUGAAAAUUCGCUGUCCAGUUUGAAGCGGCUUGCAACGCGCCUCAAUGUCAAGGAUCCGGCAAAGGUUCUUCCUGUCGGAGGGAAUGGCUCUCUCAGUAACAGUAGUAGUAGUAGCAGCAGUAGCUCUACCAGUAGCAAUAGCAGUGGUGCUGGCACAGCCGGCGGAACUAGCGGAAAUGAAACGGAUAGCUGCGAAGAUAACGAGGAGGACUCCGCUCAACCAUCUCUGUUGGCUAAUGGAACUAAUGCUGAAGCGGAUCGAGAUGACGAUCCACCUAACAUUAAUAACAACGUGAAGCGAAAAUCGGAAAUUGCUAAGGAUUCCGAUUACACUCUCACCUCUACCGAACCAAAGCGUGCUCGAUACACAGGGGAUUUGGAAGGGGAUUCAAUUCCUUCGCAUGAGUCACUACAUGCAUCUUCCAACCGUUCUCUGUUGGUAGAGGGAGCGGUGAAUAAUAGCGGCUAG